AUGGCAGCCGUUGCCAUGGGUUCAGCAGCCCCUCCAGAAUCAACAAAUGAUCGCCUCCUCCGCAUAAUAUGCAGCAAGGCAGGCAUCGCACUCUCAGAGCUAAGCCAGGAGAACAAGCAUGCGCUCAUCUCCGACGAUGACACCCGCGAUCUGUGGCAACAACUCAGGCACCGAAUAUACGGCUCCGACCCCAGUAACCAUGAGACUCGUACCACGGGCAGAUCUGCCGCUGCGCCGCACCCACAGUCUGCCGAGUUUGAGCGCGUCGCCGGCGUGGAGAGCCUCCACGACCAGCUGAGCCUGACGCCGGACCGCAUCGCGCAGACCGAGGCGGAGCUCGAGAACCUCAACAGGAAGACGCAGUCACUCGUGGACACGCUGCGCAGCCACAACACCCGGCUAAGUGCGAUCCGCGACGGCAGCAGCAACAACGCGCCUGGGGGCGGCGGAGCCAGGACUGCCUUGAGCUCAAAGGCAAGGGAUCUAAAGGCCCGCAAGCAGGAAUUGACCGAAGAGUGUGAACAACUGGCUGCUCAUGCGGACUCGAGACUGGAUCGCUAUCUUGCUGCAUCGGGUGAGAAUGCUCGUCAUGCUGAUCGACAGGGCUCGGCGAAUGGUGUGUCGGUCGAGAUAUCGGCAUCCACUCAGGCCCUUAGGGAGACCCUAGACGGCCUUCUCGUCCCGCACGACCGGAUCCUAGAGAAGCUGGAUGCCCUUUGCACAGAGCUGCAGUAUGACGAUUCAGAGCAAAAGGCGGUGCUGAAUGAUGCGCGGCGGCUUUCCAACGAAAUCAUAUUUGCCAUUGUUGCCCACCAGCGCAUGGUGCUGGACAUCGUCUUCAUCCAGGCAUGCAAUUCUUAUCAGGAAAAAACAAGACGAGGCAUGUCGGCACAAGCCAGGGCCGCGAAUGACGAGCGGGAAGCCAUUGUUGCUGAUCUACGCUCACUGUGGGAAGAGGUCGUGCCUGUGGCACACAUGGCCGUGGAGAAACAGCUUGUCGGUCCUAUCAUCAAAUCCAAGAGCAACGAGAGUGACAGACGCGAAGAGCGUUAUGCCUUGAUAGCAUCAUAUACUUCUGCGAUGCUAGGAUAUAUGAACGAGCGGCUAGAAGAAUUCGCCGAACGGAUCAGGACACUAGUUGCACAUCACAAAGCUCUUGCCAAGACCUUUGAAGUGUUCCAGGCUCGGACGGCGAACAAGCCCAGCGUCAUCAGCCAAGGCGCUCAAAACCAACAACAACAGCAACAACAACAACAACAACAAGGAGGACCCCAGCUUGCACCAAAGACGAGGUCCAAGCAGCUGAGAAGAGGAUUAAUCCCAAGCUCGAGCACGCCGCUAGACGACCUCCUCUCCGCCAUGGAAGCUCUCGGCGUUUCCCUCCCACCUCCCAGUACUGGCGGGGCGGAAGGCGGCGGCCAGCACCACGACACAAUCGCCCUCGCGCACCAUGUCGACAAGCACAUCCAGCGCCGCGCGGCAAAGACCCACGUGCUCGCGACGGACAUGCAGGUGCUCUUCGAAACCACCGCCAAGACGAACAUGACCGACGCCCUCGAGGCGACGAGGAUGCUGGCAGGCUCGCUUGUGGCCGAGUGCAACGGUGGUCUCCUGCCGGAGCCAACGUUGCCAGAAUCCCAGGAUGAUGAUGAUGGUAGUACAGCUGAAUCGCGUGAUAGCACGAGACGAGAUCCGCCAGCGGAGGGCGAGGUGGCGGGGCGCAGCGCGUUCUUCGCCGACGCAGAGCUGCAGAAGAUCACCGCUGACGAGACGCGCUCCGUCAGACGUGUCGCGGACGAGUUCGUAGUGCUGCUGCGCGACACCAAGGCCAACGACGACAGUAGUGGCAAUGGUGGUGCUCGCGGUGUGGUGCCCUACGACUUUGUCGCAAAGGCGUACCAGCAGGCCCUGGCGGCGGCAUCUGCGCAGAGUCGCGACGGAAUGCGGAGUGCUGCUGGUGGUGGGAGUCGCGAACAGCAGCAGCAGAGACAGCUACGUGACCCCAAGAUCCACGAGAUUAUUGACAAUUGGGGAAGUCGUGGUGGUGUUGGUCUUGGCAACUGA